AUGGCCGAAAAUUCACACUCUGGUAACAUAACUCCGAUGAAUAUAGAAAAAUCAGGAGACUUAGAUGGCAAAGAUGUUUAUUUGGAGAAAUGUAUUGCAUUUGCUGAAGUCACUAAAACCGAUCGAGCUGUAGCAAUGAUGUACCUUCAAGAAUACGAUUGGGAUUUGGAGAGCUAUCAGGUUAACCACAAUCUGGCAGCACUUUCCAUUAUCAGCACAACGCCAGUUUUAGAAUUGGAUUUCUGCAUUGUAAACCUGUUUAUCUUAUUCGAUACCGCAUUAAUAUUGCAUCUGUUUUUGAAAUACAUACUGAAUCAGGAAGUUGUCAAAAUGAUCCAUCUUAAGCUUUCUAUGGAUAAAUACUUUUUACAACAUCGCGAAUAUCCAAA